CAGACAGAGUGUCAGUCACUUGCAGUAAUCUGUCAGUUUUUGUCUCAAACAAAUGAGAAUUGAGAAAUAGAAUACUAUUUUAUUAAAUCCUAAUUCAUCUUGAAUUUUUCUGUGAGUUUCGAAGAGAAAAAUACUUAACAAUGGCACCAAAAGCUGGAGGUGAUUCUGCAAAAGUUAAUUCGGCGGUAUACAAAGAUAAAAGCAAACCAACUGAUAUUCGCCUCAGCAACAUAAGUGCCGCAAAAGCUGUCUCAGAUGCUAUUCGCACGAGUUUGGGUCCUCGCGGUAUGGAUAAAAUGAUUCAAGCCAGUAAUGGUGAGGUCACCAUAACCAAUGAUGGUGCUACUAUUCUGAAACAAAUGAGUGUAAUUCAUCCUGCCGCCAAAAUGUUGGUGGAACUAUCCCGCGCUCAAGAUAUAGAAGCUGGUGAUGGUACCACAUCUGUUGUGGUUAUUGCUGGUGCCCUUUUGGAUGCAGCCGAAAAGCUUCUGCAGAAAGGAAUACACCCAACAGUAAUUUCUGAUGGUUUCCAGCAGGCAUUACAAAUGGCUUUGCAGGUUGUUGAAGGUAUGGCUACUCCAGUGGACUUAUCAAAUGAAGAUGCACUGUUAAAGGCUGCAGCAACAUCACUGAACUCAAAAGUAGUAUCGCAGCAUUCUACAAUCCUUGCGCCUAUAGCUGUGCAGGCUAUCCGAGCAGUAAUGGAACCUAUAGUCGGCGGUGUGGGCGCAAGAGUUGAUCUUCGCGACGUAAAAGUAAUUGAGCGCAUUGGAGGAACUGUGGAAGACACUGAACUAGUUCAGGGGCUAGUUAUACCGCAUCGUGCGUCUAACGUCAAUGGCCCUCACAGGAUUGAGAAGGCCAAAGUUGGCCUAAUACAGUUCUGUAUCUCACCACCAAAAACAGAUAUGGACCAUAAUGUUAUAGUGUCAGAUUAUGCAGCAAUGGACCGCGUCUUGAAGGAAGAACGUCAAUACAUUUUGAACAUUGUCAAGCAAAUUAAAAAAGCUGGUUGCAAUGUUCUUUUGGUGCAAAAGUCAAUUCUGCGUGACGCUCUCAGCGAUUUGGCCAUUCACUUCCUAGACAAGAUCAAAACAAUGGUCAUCAAGGAUAUUGAAAGGGAGGACAUAGAGUUUGUGUGCAAAACCCUUGGCUGCAGGCCAAUUGCUUCUCUGGAUCACUUCACAGCUGAAAAUCUCGUUAAUGUCGAUCUGGUCGAGGAGGUCAAUGAACCAGCUGGAAAGUACAUAAAAAUGAGCGGGUGCGGGUCGGGCGGGCGCACGGUGUCGGUGCUGGUGCGCGGCUCGUCGGGCGCCGUGGUGGCGGAGGCGGCGCGCUCGCUGCACGACGCGCUGUGCACCGUGCGCUGCGUGGCGCGGCGGCCCGCGCUGCUGGCGGGCGGCGGCGCGCCCGAGGCGGCGGCGGCGGCGGCGCUGGCGCGGGCCUCGCUGGCGGCGCCGGGCGCGGCGCACUACUGCCUGCGCGCCUACGCCGACGCGCUCGAGGUCGUGCCCUCCACGCUCGCUGAGAACGCCGGGCUGAACCCCAUCGAGACGGUGACGGAGCUGCGCGCGGCGCACGCGGCGGGCGCGGAGAGCGGCGCGGGCUCGAGCGCCGGCGUCAACGUGCGGCGCGGCCGCGUCACCGACAUGCGCGCCGAGCACGUGCUGCAGCCGCUGCACGUCACGGCGUCGGCGCUGGCGCUCGCCACCGAGACUGUGCGCGCUAUACUCAAGAUCGAUGAUAUUGUAAACACCAUGAAUUAGUAACCUGAAUGUCGCCUUCGUUAAAUGCUUUAUUAAUUUACUAAUUAUUAAAAUUGUAUUUGUGUAAUAUUUUAACCAAAUGCAUUUAAAGUAUUUCUUUGCGUCACUUUACACGACAAUAAUAACUUGUUAUUCUGCAAAAAUGUUGUCGGCGCAAAAAAUUUAGUAUUGUCACAUUAUUCUGAAUUAUACUCUAAGUGAAAUAUUUUCAUUCAACAAAAGAUUUAAAACUAAGUUUAGUUCAGUUAGGACUACUGAAAGUCAAGAGAAAUGUACGGGAACGUGCGUAAUUCUGUAUGUAAUGUAGCCUAUUUAUGAAUAUUUUAUUGCACCGGUAUUGCGAUUUGUAUACCACGCUUACCUACCUAUGUUGUGGAAAUAAAUCCUUUAUAAUAAACACUAAA